GGCAAAAAGAGGAUAAGAACAGAAAGAGGGAAGAUCUUGCGCAGAAGCCAAUGGGUCAGAACGUCACUGUGUGACGUCACAGGGUGCGCAGAAAAUGUCGAUAACGCGAGCAAGCUUGGGCGUGGUCGAAGCAGCGGCGUGCGCCAGCGACCAGAAGAGGCGUCGCCAUUGACUGGAGAACGGCGAGGCUGCCUACACAUCCUGAUCAACUACCUUGUGACGAAAAGAAAAACGCACUUUUGUGGAAAUGGCAGCCCUAAAACAGUCUUGCUGUGGCUGUUCCCUCAAGACGGGUACCAAAAUAAUUGCCGUCAUAUAUCUGGUCGCCAGUGUGUUCGAGAUAGGAAUGGCAGCCAUAUGUCUGCAUGAGAACUACAGCAACGCCAUGGACAACUGUAGGAUGUUCCCACAUGAUGACAAUUUUCAAGUUGUUGUUUUGGAUUUCAGUGGCGAGGAUUCCAGCUACUACAACAAACUGGGUAAAGUGCUGCGCCUGUUGAAAGUUACGAAGACGCAGCUUAUCGUAUGCCUUGUGUUUGGCAUUACCCAGGCAGUGAGUGCUACGCUUCUCUUCUUUGGAGCGAGUGAGAGUAAGCCAGUUCUGCUCCUACCGUGGAUGGUUGUGCAAAGCCUAGUCAUCAUAACGAUGACUAUUGUGAGCGUUAUCGCAUGUGCGCGCUUUUUUCACGCUGUCGAUAUAUCCCACUAUCCUGUGGUUGGUGCAGUCUACAUUUGCCUUAUGCUGAAUGUGUACAUCCUACUGGUGGUGUCCAGCCUGUGCCAGACCCUCUGUGAACGCAGCCAGCGCGUGUGUGAAGCCAGGUGGAGAUCGGUGCAAGUUUCCGUCUCUACCCUCAAUCAGCAACACAUCGCUGUUGAACAAUGAGUUGAACCAAGUCAGUUCUGCGACUACAAAAUUCUGUGUGUGCACAUCUACGAAGUUUCAGUGCUUAAUGUAGUCAUCGCUGUAGUCACACUUCUCACCUGUUACGUGUUGACUGUAACUUAGACCAUAGAUAAUAUAAACAGUGCAUGCCCUU